CACGAGUGAACGAGUUCAAGUUUUUCAGGCAUUUCAGAAGAUAAAUGUUAUAUUUUUUUUCGUUGAAGAUAUAAUUAUAUAAAUAGAAAAAAAAAACUAACAACGUUAUAUGUUAGUGUAGAACAAAUAAUUGGAUUUCGUUGAAUUUUGAGCUGAAAAAAGAGAGCCCUGUGUUGGGCUGUCGUUGAGCUGUCUACAUUUUCUCUCUAUCGCUCUAUAUAUCGUCUUCUCUCUUUCGCACACAGUUUGAGUUCAUUUUGUGAAUCAAAGACCGUAAAAAACGACGCUAUAUUUCACACAGUGCAAGUUUUAUUAGCCAAUUUUAGUAGUGAAGUUAUAUUCUAUCUCGCUACUAACAUAAGAGUAUAGAUAAAAAGUGAUACAGUGCCACAUACACAUUUAGAUAAAUUAGGUUGGACAACAUCGCCGGAACAAAAAAAAAAACACACACACCAUAUACACGCCCGUACCGAAAGCAAGAGACUAAGAAAAAAGAGAGCCAUGCAGAAAAUUCGAGUUAAACUGUUUUGCAAAUUUAUUAUCAUUUUGUGUUGGUUUGUGUGCGGCAUGUGCGGAGCAAACGUUUCACUGAAUUCGUUUAACCAAUCCACCGAGGUUAAUCAAACACGCCACGCUAAAUGGUUUCCAUUUUAUACAAUUGGACGAUUCUUGAAUACACCGUGCGAAGGCAAAAAUAAACUACUUGGAACGUGUGUGCUGAACGGUGAAUGUCAAAGUGCUGGCGGUAUCGUAACGGGUACAUGUAAAUCAAAUACACGGCAAGCUAUAUGCUGCAUAUAUCAACAAACUUGCGCAUCGACAACAUCCGAAAAUAACACGUAUUUUGUGAAUCCAAACUAUCCGGAUCUAUGGAAUGGCGUCAGCCAAACGUGCUCAUUGAAUGUCCAACCGGCCGAGAAUGUGUGUCAACUUCGAAUUGAUUUGCUCGAUUUUUCGUUAGCACCGCCAAGCGGUGAUGGAACAUGUAAUACUGAUGUAAUUUCAAUCACCGGUUCAGCUACAAAUGUCCCAACGUUGUGCGGCGAUAAUGCCGGCCAACAUUUGUAUGUUGAUUUUGAUGGCACAAAUCCAAUAACCAUUGCAAUUAAAACAACGUCUAGUUACACAUUCGGUCGACACUGGAACAUUCGAGUGGCGCAAAUAACUUGCGAUUCAGAAUAUAAAGCACCGUCGGGUUGUUUGCAAUAUCACCGAAAUCCAAGCGGAAUCAUUCGAAGUUUUAACUAUGGCUCAUCACCAAAUUCAAUACCAAAUGCAGUGGGUGUAGAGGGUUCACGACAAAUUGCAAACUUAAAUUAUGGCAUUUGCAUAGCGGCCAGUGCUGGUUCAUGUUCAAUCACCUAUUCGCCACUUUCGUCCGAUCCAUAUUCGUUUACAUUAAGCGGUGAUGUUGGCGGUGUUGAUGUUACAAUGCUUGGAAGUGCCACAUUACAAGAACAAACAUGUACUACAGAUUAUCUGAUUAUACCCGAUCCAAGUCAAACUGGUGUGCGCUUAUCUUCGGGCGGUGAUCGAUUUUGCGGGCUUGGUCUAACGGCAACGACUUCAAAUGUUCUUCCGUAUGUAUUGUAUGUGAUUACCGAUUCAAAUGAAGCGCUCGAUAUUGGAAAUCGUGGAUUUGCAUUGAACUAUGCACAAAACGUAUGCCCAGUUAUCUCAACGGCUACAUCGACGAUAUGAAUUUUUUUUUUGUAUGA